GCUACCGGAAGUGACGAGGGCUGGGUCGGCUAAAGAGAAAGCUGGGCAUUCUCUUCCUCUCCACGCGGUAGACGAGAGCGGUCGGCCUGUUCUGCUUGUCCUGAGUGAUGCCGGGGAAACUUCUUAGUGAGGCGGAUUUGGAGUCGGACACGGCCAUGGCGAAAGUGGAGAUGCCGCGAAAGCAAAAUGAGAAGAAAGGUAAAAAAGAGAAGCCAAAAUCUAAUAAGACUGAAGAGGCAGCAGAAGAAAAGGAAGAAAUGAUUUCCCCCAAAGCUAAAAAGGUUAAAAAGAAAGCAGGGCCUUCUGAGGCUGACAUGAGUUCUCCUAAAUCCAAAAAGACAAAAAAGAAAGAGGAGCCAUCUCAAGAUGACAUUAUAUCUCCUAAAACCAAAAGGGCGAAAAAAUCAAAGGAGCCCUGUGAAAAGACAGUUGUUUCUCCUAAAACCAAAAAACUAAUAAAAAAUGAGGAGCCUUCUGAGGACGACUUGGGUGCGCCUAAGUCCAAGAAGAUGAAGAAAGAAAAAGAAAUGAAUGGAGAAAUUGGAGAGAAAAGCCCCAACCUGAAGAAUGGAUUCCCUCAUUCUGGACCUGACUCCGACUCCAAGGAAGCUGCCAGUGAAGAAAGUAACAGUGAGUUAGAGCAGGAGAUAACUGUGGAGCAAAAAGAAGGAGCUUUCUCUAAUUUUCCCAUAUCUGAAGAAACUAUUAAACUUCUCAAAGCGCGUGGGGUGACCUUCCUGUUUCCUAUACAAGCAAAGACGUUUCACCACGUCUAUAGUGGGAAGGACUUGAUCGCACAGGCACGGACAGGAACUGGGAAGACAUUCUCCUUUGCUAUCCCUUUGGUUGAGAGACUUCAGGGAGAGCUGCAAGACCGGAAGAGAGGCCGUGCCCCUCAGGUACUGGUUCUUACACCCACAAGGGAGUUGGCAAGUCAAGUAAGCAGAGACUUCAGUGACGUCACAAAAAAGCUGGCAGUGGCUUGUUUUUAUGGUGGAACUCCCUACGGAGGACAAAUUGAACGCAUGCGGAAUGGGAUUGAUAUCCUGGUUGGGACACCAGGUCGUAUCAAAGACCACCUGCAGAACGGCAAGCUAGAUCUCACCAAACUUAAGCAUGUUGUCCUGGAUGAAGUUGACCAGAUGUUGGACAUGGGCUUUGCUGAUCAAGUGGAAGAGAUUUUAUGUGUGGCAUACAAGAAAGAUUCAGAAGACAAUCCCCAAACAUUGCUUUUUUCUGCAACUUGCCCUCAUUGGGUUUAUAAUGUUGCUAAGAAAUACAUGAAAUCUACAUAUGAACAAGUGGACCUGAUUGGUAAAAAGACCCAGAAAACGGCAAUAACUGUAGAGCAUCUGGCUGUCAAGUGCCACUGGACUCAAAGGGCAGCAGUUAUUGGGGACGUGAUCCGAGUGUACAGUGGUUACCAAGGGCGCACUAUCAUCUUCUGUGAAACCAAGAAAGAAGCCCAGGAGUUGUCACAGAAUGUGUCCAUAAGGCAGGAUGCCCAGUCAUUACACGGAGACAUUCCACAGAAGCAAAGGGAAAUCACCCUGAAGGGUUUUAGAAAUGGUGAUUUUGGAGUUUUGGUUGCAACCAAUGUUGCUGCACGUGGGUUAGACAUCCCCGAGGUUGAUCUGGUUGUACAGAGUUCUCCACCAAAGGAUGUGGAGUCCUACAUUCAUCGUUCUGGGCGAACAGGCAGAGCCGGAAGGACUGGGAUUUGCAUCUGCUUUUAUCAGCACAAGGAAGAGUAUCAGUUAGCCCAAGUGGAGCAGAAAGCGGGAAUUAAAUUUAAGCGAAUAGGUGUUCCUUCUGCAACAGAGAUAAUAAAAGCUUCUAGCAAAGAUGCCAUCAGGCUUUUGGAUUCUGUGCCUCCCACUGCGAUUGGUCACUUCAAGCAGUCAGCUGAGAAGCUGAUCGAGGAGAAGGGAGCCGUGGAAGCCCUGGCAGCAGCCCUGGCCCAUAUUUCAGGUGCCACGUCAGUCGACCAGCGCUCCUUGAUCAACUCAGAUGUGGGCUUUGUGACCAUGAUCUUGCAGUGCUCAAUUGAAAUGCCAAAUAUUAGUUAUGCUUGGAAAGAACUUAAAGAGCAGCUGGGUGAGGGUAUUGAUUCCAAAGUGAAGGGAAUGGUCUUUCUCAAAGGAAAGCAGGGUGUUUGCUUUGAUAUCCCUACUGCAUCAGUAACAGAAGUACAGGAAAAAUGGCAUGAUUCACGGCGCUGGCAGCUUUCUGUGGCCACAGAGCAACCAGAGCUAGAAGGACCGCGGGAAGGAUAUCGAAGCUUCAGGGGACAGCGGGAAGGAAACAGAAGCUUCAGGGGACAGCGGGAAGGCAAUCGAGGUCUCAGGGGACAGCGGGAAAGAAAUAGAAGCUUCAGAGGACAGCGAUCAGGAGGUGGCAACAAAAGUAACAGAUUCCAAAACAAAGGCCAGAAGCGGAGUUUUAGUAAAGCAUUCGGACAGUAAUUUGAAGUAGAGGAUUUAUGUGGCAAAAACAGAGCUGUGUUCGGCAACAGGAAACUGAACAUUAUUUUUCAUACAAAGUUAAAAGCACAUUGUAUUUCCUUCCUGACCACUUGCCCAGUCCCCAUCUCUUCCAGAGAGACAAACUUCAUCUAAAUUAUUUCGUCUGAUCAUUGUCAUUUAUAACUUUGUUGCUAGUUCUGUAUGGGGUAUUCCUUUGGAAAAGGUGUGUGAAUUCAUUACAUAUUCUAAUGCAGUGUCUAUAGAUUAUAAGAUAAAAUCAAGCAUGUAUCUGCUGAUACUUGUGAAGUUGACCUGUCUUUAUACUUAGAGGUGUCUCUUAAUAGUGUCCUUCCUAAUUACCAUGGGGAACGCAGCAGUUUCUGGAGAAGCACUUUGAGCACUCAAGGCUUUGUUCUGUAAUUGGUAUUCCUCAGCCACUUGCCUAACAUUUACUCCUAUGGUCCUAUAAUGUAUCUUCUGAGAAUUAACACUGAGCAAUGUUUUGAAGCAAGAUUCAAACUUAGCUGGGAUGUAACACAGUUUAUGCCAGCAUAUGCUCUAGAUUUGGAGGUGGUGAUACAUUUGAUAGGAGAUAGUAUAUAGAUUAGCCAUUGUUAUGUGCAUUUUGAUACAUUAUUAGCUUCUCAAUAUAAGGUGAUUCAUGCUUCAGUGAAUUCUUCACAGAUUUUUAAAAAAUAUAUAUGUACAUAUAGAAGUAUUUUACUAGAAAGCAAGUAUCCUUAAGGAAUUUCAAGUGUAUAGCAUGGCCCAGUAACUUUCUUCAUAAGUGAGGAGACGGGAUAAAUGGUGCUUGAUGAUAACAUACUCCACUUCCUGUUGGAAGAUUAAUAUUGUUUACCAAGGAGGAACUAAAGGAGUAGGGGGCAGAGAUUUGCAUGGCUGAAGAGUCAAAAAAAACCCACUGAAAAUAUAUUCCACAUGCAAGAAGGAAACAUGUAUUGAGAGCAAAGAAAAGAACAAGUGAAGGUGUGGGAUAAAGCAUUCUUUUAAUGGUGAAAACUUAAUGGGUCAUUAAUGUUACUAGAGUUUAACUUCUAAUGGGCAAGCUGGGAAUUUUAGGUAGAAUGAUCCAAUUUAGUUUCUCAAGGCCUAGUUCCUAUAGCCACGUAUAGGAUCUCUUUCUUUUUAUUAGACUGCUACUCUGUUGAUAGAUUGCAGCUACCUAGAGACUUCCUUUUAAGACAAACUCUAUAUGGUUAUUUUUAAGUUGUUACUUUGAGGGAACUGAAGAACUUAAUAUAGCCCCUGGCCUGAUAUUGCUCUGAGGUCUCGAGUAUUAUUUCUCUGGGAAACCUUGUGCAGGAGCUUAGAGUAACAUUGUCUUCUUGCCUUAAUCCCUAGAAAUUCUGUAUUGGGAAUCUCAGGAAAUAAACUAUGACAGGAGGAGUUCAAAUACAUGGCCUGUCUUGUUUUCAUUUAAUUAUUUUGAACAACUGAAAUCUUUCUAGGCACUGGUUUCUCUGGCUGGGUCUUUAUAUCCAACUGCUUCUGAGUCACCUUUGCAGUAAGGGGCUUAGAUAGCCAACUCACCUCCUUGAUUCUUGAGGCAGCAUCCUUUUUCUAUUUGGACUUCAUUUCUGUCCUUGCAUCCUGACUGGAUGUUUCUCUGUUCUCAAAUUCUCUUGGCUUUUAUUCCUUGAUCCACUUGACAAUUUUAUCACUUGACCUCCUUGUGGUUUCCCAUCAAGCCAGAGGGAGUCAAGGAGAGGUAGGUAUUUGAGGACCAACAACUCGUGCCUUGUGGAUCAUGUUUUAUUAGAUUCUGGUUUUGCUGAGAUACUGAGCAUACUUAAAUAACAACCAAAACAUUUAAGUUUGGGUAAGAAUGGGUUACUUUAUCAAGUAGAUUAAAAGGACAGUAUACCUGUCCUUUAGGAAGAAAUAAUCAGGCAUAAAUCAAGAGUAAGGGGGAAGAUUAAUGGGAAUUUCACUUUACACAACUUAGGACAACAUGGCUGUUUUAGUAAAUGAAGCUAAAGUUUCUCCUGGAUCCCAGAAUUCAAACCAUAUUUAUAAAUGUAUAAUUCAGCUACUGUACGGUUUAAAUGGGCUUGUUGUGUUAGCCUGGGAAAUGUUAGCAUUUUUACUAUUUUCUACAGAGAAAAUAUUUUCCAAUUUAUGUAUCAAACAACUCAAUGAACUUUUAAAAUACCAAUUUUUAUGUUGGAACUAUCUGUGCAGCAGUUUCUUUACAGUUAUACAUAAAGUGUUUUACUGUAAAAUUGAGUUAAUGUAUAAAAACACAGCUUUAUGCCAUAAUAAAGUUAGUAUUUACUA